AUGUCGGGUGUCGAGCAGCCACUGCUGUCCGUGGCCUCAGGUAGCAGCUCUGCGUCGCGCCAGACGCGCCAGACCGACCGCACUCGUUUCUUGGACCGCCAGGGUCGCUUCAACCAGUCACAUGGUCGUUUUAACGUCUACCGAAAAGGGGGCCAUUGGCGCAGAAUCUACUGGGACGAUCCGUUCCACACUGUUAUCAAUACGCGCACGUCGAGGAUCAUCGUGGGCGUCCUUGGAAUAUAUUUUAUCAUCAUCUUUCUCUUCGCACUAGCAUAUCUGGACGUCUCAAUGCGAUACCCAAUAUGCCAUGUGGGGCUGUCGAGUAUUAUGGACGCUUACGUGUUCUCGCUCGAAACAAUUAUGACCAUUGGCUACGGUGCACCAACCAACGACAUAUUCUACGGAGGAUGCUCGUCGAUCGCUACAUUGCUGACACUUGAGUCGUUUGCCGGUAUUAUUCUGGAUUCCAUCUGUAUUGGCAUUUUCUACGCGCGAUUUGCGCGUGCCAAUCAACGGGCGAACACUAUCAUGUUUUCGACUUCAGCAGUGAUUCGCAAGAUCCGCGGACACUACUAUUUCAUGUUUCAGACCUGCGAGCGACGAAAGCAUCAGCUUGUGGAGGCGCACGUGCGUCUGUAUGCUGUACGACAUGAGGUGGAAGACGAGAUGAACGGGCCGAGCGACUUUCUGUUCCAGUGCCACCAGAUGCGGGUUCAGCAGCCUGACGACGAUUGCGGCGCGAUGUUACUCAUGGUGCUACCUCAAGUUGUUGUGCAUCGUAUUGACCAGUGGAGCCCGCUUUUCCCGCCAGAAUGUCUGCCAUCUGACGGUGGAGACCCGAAAACCUGUGCGAGGUACCCGGAUCCGACACAACGGCAGGUGGAUAUUGAUAACGGAAACCGUGAAGGUGGCUUACCUGGCGAAGCAAAGUUAUACAAAGCGCCUACCAAAUUGCAGAUCAUGAACCAUCUCUGCAAAAGCAAGCUUGAGGUUGUCGUGAUUUUGGAAGGAAUCGACAGCUCGACUUCCAAUACAAUGCAGGCGCGCUACUCGUACGUGGACGACGAUAUUGCGUGGGAUGCUACUUUUGAACGGUGUGUAGUCACGACCUCAAGAGGCCUAUGUGUCGACUUUGAUCGCUUUCAUCUGUUGAAACCUGCACCGCUGGACACACAACGUUGCGUCAUGACGUCCCAGUUUUGA